AUGGACCUCUUCUCCCUCGAAAACACAACCGCCCUUGUCACCGGCGGCACCCGCGGCAUCGGCCAGCAAAUGGCCAUUGCCCUCGCCGAAGCCGGCAGCGACGUGAUCCUCGUCCAGAGAGACAUAUCCAACACCGAAACCAAACAACGCAUCGAAUCCCUCGGCCGCAAAGCAACCAUCUACACCGCCGACCUCUCCUCCCGGGAGUCCGUCUCACAACUUACGCCUACCCUCCUAUCCGACAGCCACGACAUCAGCAUCCUAGUCAACUGCGCCGGCAUCCAACGCCGGCACCCCAGCCAUUUAUUCCCAGACAGCGACUGGGACGAAACAAACCUAACUACAAUUUUCACCCUCUGCCGUGACCUUGGCGCCUACAUGCUCACCCGCACCCCAGACGCCACCGGCCACCGCGGCUCCAUUAUCAACGUCGCCUCGCUGGUCUCCUUCCAGGGAGGAAUAACAGUUCCUGCGUACGCGGCUGCGAAGGGCGGCGUGGCGCAACUCACGAAAGCGUUGUCGAAUGAGUGGGCGAGCAAAGGAAUUAAUGUCAAUGCGGUGGCGCCCGGAUAUGUGGCUACGGAGAUGAACACGGCGUUGUUGAAUGAUCAGGAUCGUGCGAGGAGUAUACUUGAACGCAUUCCGGCGGGGAGGUGGGGCACCGCAGAGGACUUUAAGGGCGUUACGGUGUUCUUGGCUGGGAAGGCGAGUCGUGGUAUCCUGUUACCAGAGAGAGAGGAUGUACCAUCUACUCUACGUCGUGUCUUUCCCCAGAAUAGAAUAUAA